AUGCUGGGAACUCGGUUCGAGCGUCGAGGCAACGACAAAGACUUGGAUGAGGCUAUCGAAGUUCAGAUGGAAGCACUGGCUUUGCACCCGGUCGGUCACAUAGAUCGAUCCAAGUCAUUGAGCAACCUCGCGAAUGGACUCUCCUCCCGCUUUGACCACCGAGGGAACGACGAAGACUUGGAUGAAGCUAUCGCGCUUGACAGAGAAGCACUGGCUUUGCACCCGGUCGGUCACACAGAUUGGUCCAUGUUAUUAAACAACCUCGCUGUUCGACUCUCCUGCCGCUUUGACCAUCGAGGCAACGAGGAAGACUUGAAUGAGAGUAUCGCACUUCAGAUGGAAGUGCUGGCUUUGCGCCCGGUCGGUCACACAGAUCGCUUCAAGUCAUUAAACAACCUUGCUGCUAUCGCACUUCACAGGGAAGCGCUGGUUUUGCGCCCGGUCGGUCACACAGAUCGGUUCAAGUCAUUAAACAACCUCACUAUUCUACUCUCCUCCCGCUUUGACCAUCGAGGCAGCGAGGAAGACUUAAAUGAGGGUAUCGCACUUCAGACGGAAGCGCUGGCUUUGCUCCCGGUCGGUCACACAGAUCGGGCUGGAUUAUUAAACAACCUCGCUGCUAUACUCUCCUCCCGCUUUGACCACCGAGGGAACGACGAAGACUUGGAUGAGGCCAUCACACUUCACAGGGAAGCGCUGGUUUUGCACCCGGUCGGUCACACAGGUCGGUCUGCGUCAUUAAACAACCUCGCGAAUCGACUCUCCUCCCGCUUUGACCACCGAGGGAACAACGAAGACUUGGAUGAGUCUAUCGCACUUCACAGGGAAGCGCUGGCUUUGCUCCCAGUCGGUCACACAGAUCGGUUCAAGUCAUUAAACAACCUCGCUAUUCGACUCUCCUACCGCUUUGACCACCGAGGGAACAACGAAGACUUGGAUGAGGCUAUCGCACUUGACAGGGAAGCGCUGGCUUUGCUCCCGGUCGGUCACACAGGUCGGUCUGCGUCAUUAAACAACCUCGCUGCUCGACUCUCCUCCCACUUUGACCACCAAGGGAACGACGAAGACUUGGAUGAGGCUAUCGCACUUCACAGGGAAGCGCUGGCUUUGCGCCCGGUCGGUCACACAGAUCGGUCUGGGUCAUUAAACAACCUCGCGAAUCAACUCUUCUCUCGCUUUGACCGCCGAGGCAAUAGAGAAGACCUCAGCGAGUCACUAGAGAACCUACGCUGUGCAUUGACCAUGUUGACGCACCAUAAUCCUCGUCAAUUACUAGUCCAUGAGUCGCUAGCUAGGCUUCAUCUCUCAUCCCAUCAUUCAGGUCUUGACGGCAGCGGCGUGGGCGGAAAUACAGACAGUCUGAAUGCUGCCAUGCAUCAUGUCAAGGCAGCAGCAAAUCUUGUUUCUGGAGGCUUGCUAUCUCGCCUGUGGGCAAGUCUAAGUUGGGUGCACCGUGCUAGUCAAUAUUCGCAUGGCACUCAGCUGGAGGCUUAUGCGACCUCUCUGCAACUCUUGGACACUUACAUGUCUGUCACAGCCUCUGUAUCGUCUCGUCAUAAUGUCAUGAUGGAAUUCCCACGCAUGCUUGCUGUGAAUGCUGCUUCAUGCGCUCUUGGUAGUGGUGAUGUGGGUCGCGCUGUUGAGCUGUUGGAGCAAGGCAGGACUAUCAUCUGGACCCAGAUGGCACGACUGUGCACGCCUCUCGAUAGCCUCCAGACUUGCGGCGAUCAUGCGCUGACACUGAUGAAGAGAUUCAGAGAACUCAGCUCCCUUCUUGAUAAAUCACCUGCGACUCAUUCAGAAGGCACCCGAAGAGUUGAUGCUGAAGCAGAAGAGACGCGGUACAGACGUCUAGUGAAGGACUGGAAUGGAACUGUAGAAGAGAUCCGGAAGAUCGAGGGCUUCUCUCGCUUCCUACUUCCCCCCUUAUUCUCCUAUCUCCAAGAUGCAGCUCGCGAUGGGCCCAUCAUCGUACUCAUCGCAAGCAAAUUAUCUUGCGAUGCCAUCAUUAUCCCACACAAGCAACCUCCCACUAGCAUCGAACUACCUACCAAUUUGCAGAAACUCACCGAGUUGGUACUCGCAUUCCAAGAGGCAGUUCCUAAAGACGCCGGUCCUAAAGGGAACCAGCGAGCGCUGAUGGAAGCUUUGAGAGAGCUGUGGGACGUUGUCCGCCCAGUGGUCGAAAAUCUGUGUGGAAUCGCACGAGAAGGUUCUCGAAUAUGGUGGUGCCCGACGUCUGUCUUCAAUUUCUUGCCGUUGCACGCUGCUGGCGAAUACAGGAAGGGUGGAGAGUCCGUCUCACGCCACUACAUUUCUUCAUACACGCCAUCGCUCACCGCGCUGAUCAAUGCUCGCGCAAGUCACGACAGGUCCCCAUCGGUGCCCUUUGUCGCCAUUGGUCAGAAUCGCCCAGCCGGUGCCUCGUUCAAUUUGGAUGCUGUAGAGCCUGAACUGGAAUUAGUGCGAAGACUUAUGCCCGCUCCCCCAACUGUUUCGUUCUCCAAGAUAACCAGCGUUGAUGCCACGAAAUCGAAAGCUCUCAGCGCAUUGCAAGACAAUACUUGGUUCCAUCUCGCGUGUCAUGGAACGCAGAGAAUGGACGAACCCUUCAAAUCAGCCUUUCUUAUGCGCGACCAGCCGCUUUCGCUCCUCGAUAUCGCUCAAAUGGAUCUGUCUCGGCAUCAAUUUGCAUUUCUUUCUGCCUGUGAAACUGCAGUCGGUACCUUUAGUACGCCCGACGAAGUGAUACACCUAGCGGCCGGCCUGCAAUUUGCCGGGGUUAAGAGCGUUGUUGGGACAUUAUGGAAGGUCGAUGACAGUACUGUGCAGCGCUUAGUCGAGGCGUUCUACAAAAACUUGUGCGGGGAUGGCACGAUGAAUUCCAAACGAGCUGCCCGAGCGCUGCACCGAGCGGUCCAGUCGUUGGCCAGUGACAAGGACAACAAGGACAUACCCUUGGCCCAGCGAAUAGUAUUCGUGCAUAUUGGCAUAUAAUCAAUUUC